AUGGUAGCUGGGAACGUUUCCACUGGAACAGGGCGAGAAGGAAUGGCCAACUGGACUACAUCUCAGUCCGUUGAAGUAACCGUUCACCCGGAACCAUCGGCGUCACUCUCCGGAACGGCUGUUGAUGAAAGUGUGAGCAAACAGCUGAUAACUGAGACGUACACGAGCUCAACCACAAAAGCGGAUCAUAUUGGUGAGACGAGCGGUUUGGCACCUACUGACAAUGGUCAACCGCCUGUAGGUUGCGAUCAGAACCAAACAAGUCAGUAUGCUCCGGCUAGUUAUGAGCAGCAGACUAGUGCUUUCGGUUAUCCGGAAUCGUCAUGGCAAGCUUAUGAUGGCAGCAGCUAUGCAGCCGAUCCAACAACAACAGUCCAAACCACUGAACAACAGCAAGGCGCAGUUGAGGCAACACAAAGCGAAGCAAUUGUGAGCGAUACGACAGCCACUGAGCAGAAUUACGGUGCAGCUGAUACCUCUCAACCGGAACAACGUCAACUGGAACAAUCGUAUUCCUCGACUUCGUAUGGUGUUGAUGGCUCAUAUUCCGCAUCGACAUAUGGAGGCGAUGCAGUUGCACCGCAGUCAUAUGACUACCAACAGGACAUGACUGCAGCGGAUUCGCAAUAUCAAUCAAGCGGCUUCACAACGGAGACCAGCUACAGUACGCAAGGCUAUGAUCAGUCGCAGUAUCAAUAUGAUGCCACUUCAUCCUCAUAUCCAGCCAAUCAGGUGCCUGAUAUGAGUCAGCAGUAUACAACAAAUUAUUAUGAUGCCGAAUAUGGUAGCGCCUCACAACAACCGUACGCCAGUGGUCAAACAACUGAGAGUUUUUCUCGUUCACAAGAUGGUACACAAAAGCAGUGGCAAGCUUAUGAACAGUACGGAGGGGGACAAGCAUCUGAUAAGGGUGCAUCUUAUGAACAAGCGCCUGAAAAGAGCGCAUCUUAUGAACAAGCGCCGGAGAUGAGUGCAUCUGCGAGAACCACCGAGAUCCCGGAUGCAGAUGUUAGUAGUUAUCGUCCGGCUCCUGUUGUCCCUCAGUUCACGGCGCCUCUUCUGCCUGAGAGUUUCUCUCGUUCACAAGAUGGUGCUGCCCAACAGCAGUGGCAGACUUAUGAACAGUACGGAGGAGGACAAGCAUCUGACAAGAGUGCAUCUUAUGAACAAGCGCCUGAGAUGAGUGCAUCUGCGAGAACCACCGAGACCUCGGCGGACGCAGGUGUUAGCGGUUAUCGUCCAGCUCCUGUUAUCCCUCAGUUCAUGCCGCCUCUUCUGCCUGAAUUGAAUAGGUAUGCAGCACCAAUUGACCCGUUUUCGUGGGAAGCGCAAGAACAGGCUGCAGCCUCCUCUUACGUUGCUCAGCAACCUGCAUCUGCCAGCAAUAAUUUCGCGAGUCCUGUGCAGUCAUCUCAGAUGCCAAGUCAGACUGACGAAACUCAGCGAUUGGCUCAGCAAACUGAAACUGUUCAACAGUACAGGUGUGGUGAAUGCAUUGUGCAGUGGAAAUUCCAAGCGGUUCCACCGCCUCGACCCGUGCCGCCACCUCCCAGUCUUCACAUCAGUUCACCAACAGCUCCUCCGACCAUCGCUGCAGCGCCACAUCGUCCACCACCUCCUUCGCCCAAAGUCCCACCUAAAAAGCCACCCCCACCGAACCUCACCGAACAUCCAUCGCCUCAAGUCGCUCGUAAGCCUCCUCCACCACCUCAAGAACCUGAGGAGGAUGCGUGGACACAAUUCAAGAAGAUGACUGAGAAAGCAAACGUUGCGAUGAAAUCAACCGAAGAGAAGCUCAAGAAGUUGGAGGAAACAACAGCUGUUAAAGAGAUUAAAGAUGAAAGUUAUCUGGCUGAAGUUGGUGGUUUACAAGGGUAUGUUCCCGAGCUGGCGCAGAAACAAAUAAAGAUUCAGCAGGAAAUGAUUGCGCAGAAGAAAGCUGAAAAGAAGAAAGCGAAAGAAAAAAGCAAGAAACGUGCUAAAACGCCGGAAUUCAACCCGGCUCAAGAGGACGAUAUGGACAGAGCAGCGCAACAAUUGGCUAUGAAAAUGGCCGCAGGCAGAGCGGAUCUGGGAGAUUGGAAGCCACCAAGUGAGCGAGACACGCCAGCUGUGCCCACAGAGGAACAACCGGAGAAGCCAGCUCGUCAGACCGAGCAAAUUCCCCAGAGCAAUGCGAUAGAAGAACAACAGACGGAAAGCGCUGAGGUGCCCAGUGCAUCGGAACAAAAUGUUGAUACUCCCCAAAGGCCAAUCGAAGAUGCAGCGUGA